CUCCCUAGUCGUUUCGGAUAAACGGGAUGUGCCGUUCCUUACCUCGGCUCUCAGGAUGGACGACGACUCUAGGAGUCGCAAGGUGGCGCUGUCGCACCUGCGGAUGACAGUUUAGCGUAGGCUCACUAAUUGAAUGGCCCAAUGUCUCCACCCGUUAAUCAUUUCCACCUUUUAGAGCAAGGAUUUGAGGAAGACGUCUUUGUUGCUAGAAAGGUUCGGCUGAUUCGGCUCGGAAAGGACUACACUGCUACCCCACCGCUCCAAAUGGCCUCUCUUGGGUUAACAUUGGGUCGGCUGUUUCAGCCUAUCGUUAUGCCGGCGCUGCAGUGUCAGGGUCCAUUCCUAUGGUACGGGCUGGUUGGCUUACGCAUGCUGGCCCUCUUUAUCGCGGAAAGUACGUGGAGCUCCGUCAAGCAGGACUUCAUCUGCAACCAGACACUGAGCGACUUCUGCCGGGGUCUUUGCUUCAACCACGUCUUCGCUUACUCCACCUACACGCUAUGGAGCGCCUACUUUCUGGUCCUCUUGGGGGUCGUCGUCCUCCUGCUGGUGCUGACAAGCAAGACGGUGCGUCACGGGGAGCAACAGAGGAAAGAGGAAGAUCUGAUCUUGGAAAACGGCAACAAAGGUGCCAUCUCCAGUUUGGACCCAGCAGAAGCGUUGGACUCCAUUUCGAUUCAGAGGCCACCGUGGUUUUUGCCCCGCCUGGCUGCCUGCCUCCUCCUGCUCUGCGGCGUUGAGACGUCCUUCUGUUUUCUCCUGUUUGUUAUCCAGAGUCGGGCAUUUCAGGCGGCCACCAUGUCCUGCGUCACUCACGCUCAGCAGUGUCCUGCGAAGGAAACGUACUGCGUCCUCCUGGGACGGUCGGACAAGUUGACGGCCAUCAUCAUCCUGGGGAUGACAUCUGUAGUCAAUGUCACGUUCAGCCUGGGCUAUUUCAUGUAUCACUGCUGGAGCGCCGCCGGGUGCGGAUUUAAAAGGCGAAGGUAAUGUGGGCAAUGUGAAAAUGCACCUGCUCUUAAAAAAAGUCGAUCUAAUUUAGAAAGAAAAGUUAUGGAAAGAUUAUGUAAGGCGAUGGAGGAUUCCACUACUAAAAUUUCUUUUAUCUCUGACUUCCACCAAUUAAAGAUAAUAAUAGGUGGUACUUUUGAUUUACUUAUUUCACCUGCACAAGCCCUGUAUUUAUAAUUAACGCGCUAGUGGGCACCACGUUAGGUCUCUUCGGAGAAAUCAUUUGUUGCCACAUUGCCUUGGCGCCUCGCGCUCAACUGCGCAUGACUGCUGCUCAGUGGUGACGUCACACGCUUCUCAUUUACAUGCAAUGAAGGCCGGCCAGGUGCCUUCAUAAAGAACGAAAAGACCACCAGUUGUUAGUAGAAAGGAAGAAAAUAACAAAGUUUAGAUUUUUAACAGUUGAACUGAUACGAGUUUCUUACUUUUACUCCGUUCAACUUCAGUUUAAUAUCACAAAAGCGUUUUUUUUUUUGUUUUUUUUUAACUACAUAACUAACGGAACUCAUUUCGAGCACGAGCCUCCGACCCUACACAGUGAACACAGGACUUGACCCGAAAAAUACCCGAAAGUGACGGGGCUUCCGCAGUGUUAAAUACAGCAAAUGUAGCUGUUUUGAGUCUAUGGUUCUCUCUUUUUCACUUAUAAAGUAACUUGUCCUACUUCCUCAUCAGCAAAAGAAAAAAAAGACUUCUGUAUUUUAUUGUCGUCUUGUAUUUCCUUUUGUGUACUGCUUUAAAUAAAAGUACUAAUUUUGAUAUAAA